UCCAAUCCGCCAUUGGAUUGGCUUUCUCAGCCAUUUAUUAUCCAACCCUCCUCUCCGCUCCCUGGAUUCCUCCAAACCCUAGCCUCCUCCGAUCCCUCUUCUCUUGCGAUUUCUCUCAAAACCCUCGUCGUCCUGCACUCUCUUUUUUGCUUGAUUUGUUUCUCUUGCAGACUCUCUUACUCUAGUUUCCAGUUCCCGGUCGCCAAGUAUGGGGGAAGUCAAGGAUAACGAUGCUUACGAGGAGGAGCUCCUGGACUACGAAGAGGAGGAAGAGAAGGCCCCUGACUCGGUUGCUGCGAAGGUCUCUGGUGAAGCGGUGAAGAAGGGCUAUGUUGGGAUUCACAGUUCCGGAUUCAGAGACUUCCUGUUGAAGCCAGAACUCCUUCGUGCCAUCGUCGAUUGUGGUUUUGAGCAUCCUUCUGAAGUACAACAUGAAUGUAUUCCUCAAGCUAUUCUGGGAAUGGAUGUUAUUUGCCAAGCAAAGUCUGGAAUGGGCAAAACUGCUGUUUUUGUUCUUUCUACUCUUCAGCAAAUUGAGCCUGUUGUAGGCCAAGUUGCUGCACUUGUGCUGUGCCAUACAAGAGAAUUGGCCUACCAGAUUUGCCAUGAGUUUGAGCGAUUCAGCACAUACUUACCGGACAUCAAAAUUGCUGUAUUCUAUGGUGGAGUUCACAUCAUGAAGCACAAGGACAUACUAAAGAAUGACUGCCCACAUAUAGUCGUAGGCACACCAGGAAGAGUGUUGGCGCUAGCAAGAGAUAAGGAUCUUAAUUUGAAGAAUGUGAGGCAUUUCAUUCUUGAUGAAUGUGAUAAGAUGCUGGAGUCACUUGACAUGCGGCGGGAUGUCCAGGAAAUUUUCAAAAUGACACCACACGACAAACAAGUCAUGAUGUUUUCGGCAACUCUCAGCAAGGAGAUUCGCCCUGUGUGCAAGAGAUUCAUGCAAGAUCCUAUGGAAAUAUAUGUAGACGAUGAGGCCAAGCUGACACUUCAUGGACUUGUACAGCACUACAUCAAACUGACUGAAUUGGAAAAGAACCGAAAACUAAAUGAUCUUUUGGAUGCACUAGACUUCAAUCAAGUUGUGAUUUUUGUGAAAAGCGUGAGCCGAGCGGCAGAGUUGAACAAGUUGCUUGUAGAAUGCAAUUUUCCAUCCAUCUGCAUACACUCUGGCAUGUCACAGGAAGAAAGGUUAACAAAGUAUAAGAACUUUAAGGAAGGGCUCAAAAGAAUUCUUGUUGCUACAGAUCUGGUUGGGAGGGGAAUUGAUAUUGAGCGUGUUAACAUUGUGAUUAAUUAUGAUAUGCCAGACUCUGCUGACACAUACCUGCACCGGGUUGGAAGGGCUGGCCGGUUCGGAACCAAAGGGCUCGCUAUUACAUUUGUCUCAUCAGCAGCUGAUUCUGAUGUUCUUAAUCAGGUGCAAGAGAGGUUUGAGGUGGACAUAAAGGAGUUGCCUGAGCAGAUAGACACUUCGACAUACAUGCCUUCGUAAGCUCUGCUGCAAAGCCUUUCACUCAAUUUGUAGCAAGAGUUCAUGGGCGAACAAGCAUUGUACAAGUUUGCUGAGUUGAUCCUAGACUUGUUUGGUAGAUGUUAGAAUUUGUACUAUUAAGUAUUAGACCAUAUUCUAGCUACUCGUACCUUUAUGUUUGACUAAUUUUUUGUUUAAUUAGAUCCUGGUUGAUGUUCAGGAAUUCAUAAUCGUCUUGUCUAAUCCACUUAUUUGCUUUGAUCA